UUUGGGAAGCCUGACAUUUCAUUGGUCCACGCUAAUUAACAGAAUUUGCUAAUUCCUUUAUAGUAAUCCUCUUACCUGUACAGAGCUAUUUCUGUUAGGGUCAUCAUGAUCCUGAGGCCUCAAUCUCCUCUCCAGAUCUUUCUAUCUUCGAGGAGAAGGCAGCUGAGGAGCCACAUUUGCCUGAGCGUCAACCAAUCAAGGACGUUGGUGGUUACACUGGAGAAACCGGGAGCCGAGCACCUGAGCUGACAAGGCUGGGCACACAUUGGAUUUAGUGGCUGGUCUGCGGGCAUAGCGGCAGCGUAUCUUUGGAUCUGGCGUAAUUGUCUGUCAAUCCAAUCAUGGCAAUGGAAGGGCAAAAAGAGCUUAGUUUGGAAGAGGAACUUGAAGCACCAGAAGCUAUACAUACAGGGCCUAAAGGGGUGAUCAAUGACUGGAGAAAGUUUAAAUUGGAAAGUAAAGACAGGAACGCCCUUCCUGUAAGCAAGAAAGAGAUUCUCAUCAGACAGAUGUCUUCACCCUAUCGCUCUCAAAGUAGGGACGAUAAAGACACCAGGGAGCGAUUCAGUCGCAAGAUGAGCGUGCAAGAGUACGAGCUAAUUAACGAAGACAUGGAAGACGAAAGCUGCCUACGGAAGUAUCGCAAGCGUUGUAUGCAGGACAUGCACCAGCGACUGAGCUUUGGGCCAAAAUACGGCUACCUUUCGGAGCUGCAGAAUGGGGAACAGUUCCUGGAAGCUGUCGAGAAGGAGCGGAAAACCACCACAGUCAUUGUCCACAUCUAUGAAGAUGGCAUCAAGGGCUGCGAGGCGCUCAACAGCAGCCUGUCAUGCCUUGCGGCCGAAUACUCCACGGUGAAAUUCUGCAAGAUCAAGGCUUCCAACACAGGAGCCGGAGACCGUUUCUCCACCGACGUUCUCCCAACGCUUCUUGUGUACAAAGGUGGGGAGCUCGUCAGCAAUUUCAUUAGUGUCACCGAACAGUUCAGUGAGGAGUUUUUUGCUGUGGAUGUGGAGGCGUUCUUAAACGAGUACGGGUUACUACCAGAGAAGGAGAUUCCAGCGCUUGGGAACGGCAACCUGGACGAGCAAGAAGUCGAAUAGUUGACGAGAUCUCUAGUCCUUCCAGGAUCUCCUGCCCCCCCGCAGUACAUAUUGCAAUUGGAUCUCAGCUGGACCCAUGUUCAUUAAGCAAAUGUUACUAUGUGCCGAAAGCAAGCGGUAUAACAUAUUUAAAUGGCACUACAUGAAAUCCUUACUCAGAAGUAAGCCACAUUGUUCAACCGCCCAGAUUGGCCGGGGCAACCCAGUCUGAUGGGUGGAGUAGAAAUAAUAACAUUAU